AUGUCAGAAUCUGGUCAUGCCCAAAUGUCCACAUUUGCACAGCGAAUGCAGGACAUAAUGCGCCCAAACAUCGAGGCACAUGACGGAAGCACACCUCGUGCCUCAAGACAAGCAUCACCAGAGCUGACAUCACAAGACUCCGUGUCACAACUCGGAGGACCACCAUCCCCAACUCCAUCACUACUCCCCACCUACAUACCCCCUGCAUGGUCAUACGAUGGACACCAAUACGAGCAUCUUGAAGAUGCUAUCAGACAGUUUGCAUCUGGCGAAGUUCCCAACAAUAUUCGUGAAUGGGUGAUCAUUGUCAUAAAAUCACUGGUAGACAACGAGCUCAAGAAGAUGUUCAAUGUACUCGAGGCGGUACUCAAGUCCGAGAAUGAGAAACUCUCAAAAAAGAUCAAAGCUCAGGACGCACACAUGAUCGUCCUCAAUGAUGAGAUCACAAGCACCCAGGGAGCCAUGUUAGACAUGGAAAAGAAGAUGAUGGAACUAGGCAGUGAGAAUACCAAGCUGCGUCAUGAGUUAGCUUCACUCAAAGCAAGCAACGUUGCAAUGACGCAAGGUUACACCUCCGGCAUGGUUCAAUCACACCACCCUCACAUCAAGAUAGCUGAACCUCCACACUACUCAGGCAAAGGAAGUCUGGAGGACUGGCUCCAACAACUCAGCAUAUGGAUGUGGUGGAAUGAAAUCAAUGAUGAUGAGCGCAAGAUCACCACAGCGCUGCUGCACUUAGAAGGAGGUGCAUUCACUUACAUGUCAGAAUAUGCAACCAAGGCAGCAGCAUGGCAGGCACUCGGCACUUGGGAAGACUUCAUUGACAUCCUCAAGGUAAACUACAGGACCCUCGACCUGGACAAGGAUGCGCAACAACACCUGAAGGAGAUUUGCACAAAGACCUACCCCACGAUGGUCUCCUUCACAGAACAAUUCCACCAGUGGGCCACUAAGACCAACUUAGGGCACACUGCACUCAUCAGUUAUAUCGCUGAACAUCGGAGCAAGGACAUAUGA